AUGGCGGCGCCCGAGCCGCGCACGGUGCUGGUGCGGGGCCUCCCCGCCGGAGCCACCGCCGCGCUCCUGGAGCGGCUCUUCGGGCACCUGGGGCCGAUCCGCCGCUGCUUCGUGGUCACCGAGAAGGGCUCCCCGAAAUGCCGCGGCUUCGGCUACGUGACGUUCUCCCUGGCCGAGGACGCGGCGCGGGCGCUGCGGGAGCCCCCCGAGCUGGGCGGGCGGCGCCUGGCGGUCACCCCGGCCCGGCCCAGGGACAGGGGCAGGCCCGGGGGGCCGCGGGCCGAGCAGGGGGAGCCCCCCCCGCAGGCCCCCCGGGACAAGAAGCCGCGGGGCCCCUCCCGCAAGGCGCGGCUGAUCCUGCGCAACCUCAGCUUCCAGUGCUCCGAGGAGGAGCUCCGGGGUCUCUUCGCCCCCUUUGGCCCCGUGCUGGAGCUGAACGUGCCCCGGAAGCCUGACGGGACCCCGAGGGGCUUCGCCUUCGUCCAGCUCCGGAACCUGCGGGAGGCGGCUGCGGCGCUGGGGGGGCUCAACGGGACCCAGCUCAGAGGGCGGCCCCUGGCCGUGGACUGGGCCGUGGCCAAGGACAAGUACCAGGGGACACAGGGAGCCCCAAAAACGCCUGAGAAAGAGGAGAAAGGGCAGGAAAACAAGGGAAAAGAGGAAGAGCAAGGAGAGGAAGAAGAGGAGGAGGGGGAUAAAGGAAAUGAAGAUGAAGAAGAAGAGGAAGAGGAGGAAGAAGAGGAAGAAGAAGAGGAAGAAGAAGAGGAGGAAGAAGCUGCGCAGCCGCCCCGGCAGACCCCAAAAAGGGGACCAGGGGUCAGAGCUGGGCUGGGGCACAGGAAAAAAAAGGAGGUGGAGGAAACUGAGGAAGAAGAAGAGGAAGAAGAUGAAGAGGAAGAAGAUGAAGAGCAGGAGGAAGAUGAAGAAAAAGAAGAGGAUGAGGAGGAUGAAGAUGAAGAGGACGAGGAAGAGGAGCCCCCCCGCAAGCGCCGGCCGCGGCCGUCGGACGUGGGCGAGGGCAGGACCGUGUUCAUCCGGAACCUCUCGUUCGACACCGAGGAGGAGGAGCUGGAGGAGAGCCUGGGCCAGUUCGGGGGGCUCUGCUACGUCCGGCUGGUGCUGCACCCCCACACCGGGACCCCCAAAGGCUCUGCCUUUGCCCAGUUUGAGACCCGCGAGGGGGCCCAGAAAUGCAUCGAGGCUGCUCAGGAGGGGCCCGAGGGCGGGGGGCUCCGUGUCGGGGGGCGGCUGCUGCGCGUGGACCCCGCCCUGAGCCGGGACCAGGCCCGGGGGCUCCAGGGGGGCUCGGGGGCGGCCCGGCCCCGAAGCGGCACCAGGAACCUGUACCUGGCCCGGGAGGGGGCCAUCCGCCCGGGCUCCCGCGCUGCCGAGGGCGUCAGCGACUCGGACAUGGCCAAGCGAGCGCGGUUCGAGGAGCUGAAGCGGCGGCGGCUGCAGGACCCCAACGUCGGCGUGUCGCGGACGCGGCUGUGCCUGCACAACCUGCCCAAGGCGCUGGACACGCCGCGGCUGCGCGCCCUGCUGCGCCGCCUCCUGCGGGGCCCCGGCCACAGGGGCCCCCUCAUCAAGGAGUGCCGGGUGAUGCGGGAGCUGCGGGGCCAGGGCCAAUCUUUGGGGUUCGCCUUCGUGGAGUUUGGGGAGCACGAGGAGGCCCUGGGGGCCCUGCGGCGCCUCAACAACAACCCCGACCUCUUCGGGGCCCAGAAGCGCCCGAUCGUGGAGUUUGCGCUGGAGGACCGGCGGAAGCUGCGGCUGCGGGAGCAGCGGAUCCAGCGCGGCCUGCUCAAGGCCAAGGCCAAGGCGGCCGCGGGAGCCCCAAAGCCUCCCCAGGGAGCCCCGGAUCCCCCCCAGGGGCAGCCAGACCCCCCCGCGGGCUCAGGGGGACCCCAGGCCGCCCCCCAGGCCGCCCCCCGGCCCCCCCCGGGGACGCCCCCCGGGACCCCCUGGGCCGGGUUCCGCACGCAGGGCCCGGGGCACAGGGGGGCACCCGGCGCCCCCCGCACCAAGGUGCUGGCACUGCCCUCCCACCGCGGCCCCAAAAUCAGGAAACGGGACAAGGGGAAGGCUCAGCCGCCCCCCAAGCCCCCCAAAGCCCCCAAGGCCUCUCGGCGGCGGGAGAAGCUCCGGGUGCCCCCCCCCCAGACCCAGCGGCGGCGCCGGGGGGGCCCCGGGGGGGCCGAGGCGCGGUUCCAGGAGCUGGUGGAGAGGUACAAGAGGAAGAUUUUGGGGAGCAACCCCACCACGGCCCGGGGGGGCAAGUGGUUCGAGAGCUGAGGCUCCCCCAGCGCCCCAAAACCCCCCUGGCACCCCAAAAACCCCCUGGGGGUGCCGCGGGUCCCGAACCUCACAGGGGGGUUUUGGGGUGCUGCCCCCAUGUGGUCUGGGGGGGGUUGGGGGGGGCCCCAGCCCCGGGUCCCCCCUGGUUCCCCCCAGGAUUUGGGGGUGCUCCCCCCCAUGGCUCUGUGUCUUCCUGGGUUUUAAUAAAAAUGUUUUUUUUGAGGAAAA